AAUCUUGUCUCCUCUCCACAUGGAUCCAGACCCCCCACUUCACGAGACCUACAAGCCCCUCUUCGCCAACACCAAAUCAAACAACGACCGCCCCCAUGUCACGGUGGAGGAACGCGACCUUCCAUCGAUUGAUCUCAGCCGUUUAAGCCAGAACGAGGCGGAGAAAGAAAAGUGCAAAGAAGAGAUUAUUAGGGCAGCACAUGAAUGGGGCUUUUUCCAAGUCAUAAACCAUGGGAUCUCGAUGGAGUUAUUGGAGAAGUUGAGAGAGGAGCAGGUGAGAGUGUUCAACCAACCUUUCCAAAACAAGUGCAGAGAAGACAAGUUCCUUAAUUUCUCCGCUGGCAGUUACCGUUGGGGCACUCCAACUGCUACUUCGCUAAGCCAAUUAUCAUGGUCUGAAGCUUUCCACAUCCCGGUUACCGAUAUCUCAAGCUCAUCAAUGGAAGCGUUUGCAACAAAAGUUGCCAGUCUUGCUCAGAAACUAGCUGGAAUUUUGGCAGAGAAGUUAGGUCACAAAUCGAGCUUUUUCCAGGAAAGUUGUUUGCCAAGCACUUGCUAUCUCCGACUGAACAGAUACCCACCCUGCCCCAUUCCUUUAGGCAUUUAUGGUAUCAUGCCACACACCGACAGCGACUUCAUCACCAUACUGCACCAAGAUCAGGUUGGGGGUUUACGAUUAGCGAAAGAUGGGAAAUGGGUUUCUGUUAAACCCAACCCCGAUGCUUUCUUCAUCAACAUUGGGGAUUUAUUUCAGGCUUGGAGCAAUGGUUUUUAUACAAGUGUUGAACAUUGUGUGGUCACGCAUCCAACAAAAGAGAGGCUUUCGGCUGCAUACUUCCUUUGCCCAUCUAAUGAAACGGUGAUAGAGAGUUGCAGCAAGCCCUCGGUUUACACCAAGUUUAGCUUUAGGGAAUAUAGGCAGAAAGUCCAGGAGGAUGUUCGACUAUAUGGUUAUAAAGUAGGGCUCCCCAGGUUUCUUCCAUGA